AUGGCCGAGUUCCAUGAUAUCGAAUACCAAGGAAUUGGAGGUGAUCAAGAUAUAUGCGUGCGGAGCGAACGCUGCUUCCGCGAUCAUUCUCCUGGAUACUCGGCAAUUACUUUUGAUCAUACAGAGAAGUUCGAGGGUAGUUGGCUAACAAUGCGGAGACUGAACCAUCCAGUCCCCGCUUUCGACACCCUCGCAGACGUUCUCCCACCGUGGCAUACACAGUUUGCACUUCUCGAAAAUAAAUCGCCAGUUCCAGUCCCAGAGAACGAUUUCGUACAUCCAUACCUGAGCCGCCAGAUGUAUCCGACCGCAAUCGCCCUAUCUGCACGCUCUAUCAAACAACGGAAGUCGUUGAGAAGAGGCACCAAGCCAAUCGAACGGUAUCGCCGCGAGACCCAAUCCCAUGAGCAGCUUGCGCUGGGCAUGAAGAUACACGGAGCUGAGAUACCAGACCCCCUUUUACGAUCGUCAACUCCGGAAGGCUGGCCAAGUUCACGUUGCCCUGAUGGCAUCUAUGAUAUGCCCAUCACCUUGAUUCCGGAACCCACAUAUCAACAAACGCAACCUUCGCAACUCAGCUUAAAAUUGCAAGAGAUAGACGAGAUGGUCAACGUCAUUAGCAGAGACGACUGGACUACCAUGUCACCUGAAGACCAGAGCCAUCAUGCUCAUCACAUUGCCAUGACGAAGCGACGCCUAAGGGGUGAAGAGUCUCCAAGGGAACACAGAAUGCCGAAAUUAAGGAAACGAUGCCAUUCCGUGGAGAAGAUACGGGACCGUCCUUUAAGAUCUUGA